UCUCUUCCUCUCCCACCUCUUAAAAUCUCCCAAACCCGGCACGCAUCAUCUCUUCAAAACCCUAGAGUCCAUCGAUUACAUUACAUCUCCUUCAAAUCUGCCCCUUUCUCUUUCAGGCAAUACCACGAACAUCUCGCGAGCAAGACCCGUUUCGCCAUCCUAUGCAAUAAUGGCGACCCAGAACGACACGCCCAAAUCCGGUUCCGGAACCAAAGGCGAAGCCCCGCCGCCGCAGUACAGCAAAGUGGCCCUGAUCAUCGGCAUUGCCGGCCAGGUCGGGUCGUACCUCAGCGAGUUCUUGCUUGACAAAGGAUACGAGGUCUACGGCAUGAGCGUUCGCUCCUCCAACUUCAACACCCAACGGGUCGACCACAUCUACAUCAACCCCCGCAACUACGCCCACAAUGCCCGGAUGAAGCUUCGCUGCUCUAUUCUCACCGACUCCUCUCUCUGUCUCCGCCGCUGGAUUGACGCGAUCUCCCCCGACGAGGUCUACAAUCUCGCCGACCAGUACGAGGUGGCGGUCUCUCUCGAGACCCCUGAAUACCCCGAUAUUGUCGCCACGGUUGCCUUCCGGCUUCUUGAGGCCGUGCGUUCCCACGUCUCCGUUACCGGCCGCAGUCACAUCCGCUACUUCCAGUCUGGGUCUUCAGAGGUGUUCGGACCGCAGUCUGACAAAUCUGGGUAUUUGAGGAUGAACGAGAAAUCCCAGUUCCACCCUUGGUCCCUCUACGGCGUGUCCAAGUGCGCUGCGCACUGGUACACUGUGUACUACCGCGAGGCCCACGGGCUGUUCGCGUGCAACGGGAUCCUGUUCAACCCCGAGUCCCCGAGGCAGGACUGGAACUUCGUGACCCGGAAGAUAACGAGGGCUGUGGGGCGGAUCAAGAUGGGGCUACAGAGCAAGUUGUUCCUGGGGAAUCUGUUGGCCUCCCGGGACUGGGGUUUCGCUGGGGACUACGUGGAGGCGAUGUGGAUGAUGCUGCAGCAAGGAAAACCUGACGACUACGUGGUCGGGAUGGGGGAGUCGCACACGGUGGACGAGAUUAUGAUGACGGCGUUUGAGUAUGUGGGGCUGGAAUGGCGGGACUAUGUGGUUUAUGAUAAUGAGAUACCGCUCAGGCCGGCGGGGGUCGACCAGUUGAGGGGAGAUGCAACUAAGGCCAAGGAGGUGUUGGGUUGGAAGGCCAAGGUUGGGUUCGAGAAGUUGGUGGAGAUGAUGGUGGACGAGGAUAUUGAAUUGGCUAAGAGAGAGAAGGUUCUUGUUGACACUGGGUACAUUGAUGUCUGCAACAGCCGGGUAUUAGGUACUUCUUAUCUCUCGCUGCUCUGUUUGUUAACCCAGUGCUCUUUCUUUGGUUGUUUGUUGGAAGUGUUUGAGAUGUUAUUGGGAUAG